GUGUAAUCUAACAAGGAUUAACAUCAAUCAUUAUAAUGGCAUCGCAUCAAGAUUGGACGCCCGUGGUAUGGUCAAAAAAGGACAACUGUCGUGGGCCGCAGAGGAAAGCAGCAUUAAACGAUGCCAGACGCACAGGGGAAGAUAUUUCAACAGAAAAAAAAUUUUUGGGUGGGCUAAACAAAUCGACAAAGGCAUACCUCCCAUCGAACGCGGCUAAAAUAGAUAAUGAAACGGAAGAUUUCAGAAUAGAACGCGUUGAGUUUCAUUUUAGGCAAGCAUUACAAAAGGCAAGGAUGGCAAAGGGUCUUACUCAACAAUCACUGGCUCGUUUGAUAAAUGAACCGGAAAGCACCGUAAAGGAGUAUGAAAAUGGAACGGCUAUUCCAAAUGGUGUUAUUCUUCAAAAGUUGACGAGGGCACUGGGCACUCAGCUACCGUCAGCCAAACCCCCAAAAAAAAUCAAGUGAACGCACGC